GCCGGCACCUAGAUUUAAUUAUUUUUCAUAUUUCAGGCAUUUUAUUUCUUUAAAUGUGACUUGGUAUUGUUCUGUGUUCUCUUUUUUUCAGUACACAGAACCAGAAUGAAUUUUCAAAUUAAACGUGCUAUCUUUGUUUUUUGGAUUUUUCUCCAAGUUGAAGGUAUCAAAGAUACCUCUAUUAAAAUAUACAGUUCUGAAAUUAAAACAAUAGACAAAGCCCCAAGAAUCGAAACAAUGCACAAAGUGUCAGCCAUGAAGCAAAUAUUUGAUUUGGUAAAGCUUCGAACCAAAAGAUCAGCACUUUUCCCAGCUGUUAACAUCUGUCCACAGGAAUCCUUGAGACAGAUUUUAGCAAGUCUUCAAGAAUAUUAUAGACUGAGAGUGUGUCAAGAAGUAGUGUGGGAAGCCUAUCGGAUCUUUCUGGAUCGAAUUCCUGACACAGAGGAAUAUCAAGACUGGGUCAGCCUCUGCCAGAAAGAAACCUUCUGCCUCUUUGACAUUGGGAAAAACUUCAGCAACUCGCAGGAGCACCUGGCUCUUCUUCAGCAGAGAAUAAAACAGAGAAGCUUCCCUGGGAGAAAAGAUGAGAUAGCCUCCAUGGAGACACUGGGAGCGCCUACUGAAGCCCCUGUGUCAUCCACAGAUGUUUCCAGCAUGUCACUGGGGCCCUUCCCACUCCCUUCUGAUGACACAGACCUCAAGGAGAUUCUCAAUGUCACCCUCACAGACAUCCAGAACCCCACAACAGUAAGAAGAUCUGAGUUGGAAAGUAAAACAGAACCUACUCAUGUGUCUGAAUUCUCAUCAGAGGAAAAGGUGGAGUUCAGCAUCUCUCUGCCAAACCGCAAGUUCAAGGCAGAGCUCACCAACUCUGAGUCCCCAUACUUCCAGGAACUGGUGGGACAGUCCCAACUGCAGUUGCAAAAGAUAUUUAAGAAACUUCCAGGAUUCGGAGAAAUCCGCGUGUUAGGAUUUAGACCAAAGAAAGAAGAAGAUGGUUCAAGCUCCACAGAAAUACAACUUAUGGCCAUCUUUAAGAGGGACCAUGCAGAAGCAAAAAGUCCUGAUAGUGAUCUCCUGUCUCUCGAUUCCAAUAAAAUUGAAAGUGAAAGAAUCCGUCACGGAGCCAUAGAAGACAAGCAACCAGUAACCUACCUCACAGCCACAGACCUCAGAAAACUCAUCACACAGCUACUAGAUGGAGACCAGUCCUUGGUGGAAGGGACAGUUCCGCUCAGUGAUGAAGUUACUGGGCCACUCUUCAGACCUGCCACUGAAUCAGAGCUGCUCAACCCCCUUGCUGAUGUCACAGAAGACGUCACUUUGAAUCCAGAACUUCCUUUCAGUGAACCUAGGCUUGAGGCAGUAGACAGAGAAAGACCUGACGUGCCGGACAGUUCUUGGUCUCCACCUGUAUCAGCCUCAACUUCACGAUCAGAAAAUCUACCUUCCCUUACACCUAGCAUCUUCUCUUUGGAUGAUCAAAGCCCCCCUCCCUUGAUAACCACUGGCCCUACAGCAUUCAUCCCCAAACUCACUCUGCCCACUAUCAGUUAUUCUACCAUCCACCAAUUGCCUCUGGAAACGUCACAUUGGCCUGCAUCUUCCAGUGACAGAGAGUUGAUCACAAGCAGCCACGAUACAAUCCGAGACCUAGACGAAAUAGAUGUGUCUGACACGCCUGCCUUGUCAGAAAUAUCAGAACUGAGUGGAUACGAUUCUACCCCGGGUCAGUUUUUGGAGAUGACCACGCCCAUCCCAACAUUACAGUACAUCACCACCAGCUCUGAGACCAUUGCCACCAAGGGCCACGAGCUAGUGGUAUUCUUCAGUCUGCGAGUUGCUAACAUGCCGUUCUCCUAUGACCUGUUCAACAAGAGUUCUCUGGAAUAUCAAGCCCUGGAACAACGAUUCACAGACCUGCUGGUCCCCUAUCUACGAUCGAAUCUUACCGGGUUUAAGCAACUGGAAAUACUCAGCUUCAGAAACGGGAGUGUGAUCGUAAACAGCAAAGUGCGGUUUGCAAAGGCGGUACCCUACAACCUCACCCAGGCGGUGCAAGGGGUCUUGGAGGACCUUCGGUCCACUGCAGCUCAAGAACUCAAUCUGGAAAUUGAAAGCUACUCCCUCAACAUUGAACCAGCUGAUCAGGCAGACCCCUGCAAACUCCUAGACUGUGGCAAAUUUGCCCACUGUGUAAAGAACGAGUGGACAGAGGAAGCAGAGUGUCACUGCAAACAGGGACAUGAGAGCCAUGGGACCCUGGACAACCAGGACCUGAACCUCUGUCCCCCUGGAAAGACUUGUGAGGCCAACCGAGGACAAGCAGCCCCAUGCAGGCCAUCAGAUCACUCUACAAACCAAGCUCAGGAACCUGGUGUUAAAAAGCUACAACGUCAGCAAAAUAAGGAAGUCAAGAAAAGAAAUUCUGAACCAUCAACUAUAGGAUUUGAAGAAUUUGACGACCGGGAUUGGGAGGGAAAUUAAAAACUGGAAUCAUACACAUUAUGUUUUAAACUCUGUUGAAAGGCAACUUUAUUUCUUAAAGAAAGGUGUGUCUGUUCUGUUAACUUCUGAAAAAUGGAAGGAGAUAUUCAAUGGUCAUUGGAAUACAAGCAUGUAGUUAACUCUGAGAAUCAACAUCCUUGCACUAGAAAACAUUCAUGUAUCUGAUGACAGCUAAGCCUGGGAGGACACAUUUUUAUAGUAAAAACUCAAAUCAAUCAUUGGAACAUAUUUGACUAUUUUUGGACAAUACGCAAAUAGGAAAAAAAAAGGUUAUCUGUCUUUUUUUUUUUUCAGUUACUGCACCACUUUUAUUUUUCUUUACACAAUGACAUGUUGC